AUUUUACGUAACCAAAUCGAUAGGCUGGCAUGACGUCACAAUCUGUCAAAGUUUGUUCCACGGCCUAAUUUUUUCCUUUAUUCCGCGAUGAGUUUGUCGUAAAGAGAUUUUCGGAUCGAGAAAAUACAGAAAAACAAGCGUGAAACCGUAACCAAAGUGUGCAGAAAACUAUCCGCCAGCUGAAAGCAGUUGGUGCAGCUGGAAAAUCCGGCGAAUUCGAGCUGGAAAGCACGUCUUGAGCUCUGCUGACAGAUUCGGAGCUAACCUAUAUUUUUCGAGGCAGUUCGAGUUUUUUUUUUGUAGUAUUUUCUCUCGCUCGCAUACUCAGCAGAAACUCUGCUGGCACUUAUGUGCUGCGUGGAGAGGAAUUAUAAUUGAUGAUUCAAUGCGAUGUGGAAAACUGAUUUAGACAUGCACUUAUUCGAGUAUUGAACAGCCCGGAAGGUGCGGACAAUUAUGAUUGAUUUGGUGUGACGUCAAAUUUUCCGAAUCAAGAAAGUAUGCAGAGCGGAGGAGGACCAUUGCCGCCGGGUGGUAUUCGGGUGGUGCCGUCAGGAACACCGACCUCCCAGCAGCAGUCCGAUAUGCAAAAGAUACAGUCUCAACCUUCGAUGAUGACCCAACAGUAUCCGCAGCAGAACGUGUUCCGACCGGGUGGUGCGAAUCAGGUACCGCGUGCGACGCGCCCCAUGAUGCCGACGUUUCACCCGACACCGACGUAUUUAGCGACGCCCAUGUAUCCCGUGCAGUACAAUCGAAUGCCAUGGGCAAACUACGGGUCAUUGCCAAACUAUCAGCAGCCGUACUACCAUCUUAUUCCCAAUCACCACCAGCAAAACCGACGUAAUCCGGGCGCUGAAAACAAUUUAGUUAAUACUAUGCAACAGGUUCAGCUAUCGCAGCCGCAUCCGACUCAACAAUCUUCGCCAAUGGCUGUGCCGCAUGAUCUACUACAAAUGCAAAUACACCAACAGCAACAUCAGCAGCAGCAGCAGCAGCAACAACAACAACAGCAGCAGCAGCAACAACAAGCAUCCCAACAGGUAACCGGAGGUGGUCAAGCGCAAAUGGAUCAACUUCAGCAAAAUCCUGCUCAAGUCAGUGUCGGAGGACCUCAGCCACCGCACGCUAUGUUGACAACAUUACAACUUCCUCAUCUAGCCCCGAUCAGAUCAGUUCCGACGGGGGAUACAAUGAAGAAGAAACGUUCUUUUGCUAUUCCGAUCAUCGAUCCGAAUACGCAGGAGGAUGUGCUGGAAAAAAUCUACAAUAAUCCAACUCCACCGACAUCAACGCCAUCGUCGGUAUCCAGCGCUGGCCCUCCGCCACAAUCAACAGGAUUAUCAACGGCAUCCGGAGUAACUGUAGCUGGUUCAGCAGUAGCACCGACAUCGUCUUAUAACACUAUUCCUCCUAAUGUACCCCAAGUUCCACUAAACGCAGCAGUUGAGUCCGACUAUGAUAAUUACACAACUCAUCCUCAGCAGGGCACUUCGGAUCUGUCAGGACCGACCGGUCUGGGACUGAUGCAGCAUCAUCAACCGCCACCACAUCUACAACAUCCGCCACCACCACCGAAUCAUCCUCCACCGCAUGUUCAUACGGGCCAUUCCCAUCAUCAGCAGCAGCUGCAACAACACGACAUGGGUCGAUUACAAAGCGCAGCUCAGCACGAAUCCAUUUACCCGGGAACGAUCAAGAUGAUGAAUCCGCCACCACAUCAUUCUCAUCAUUCAACCGCGGAAAUGACUCCUGGAGGAACACCCGUGGUAUCUGCGAUUGCCGAUGGUCCUUCGGUUGAAAUUAAACCCUAUAUGAAAAAGAAAAAGCCCAGCAACGAAGUGAUCAUUCAGCAGUCGCAUACGCAUCAACAUCAGCCUCACAAUCAACAACAGCAGCAGCAGCAACAACAUUCAGUUCAGUCUCUUCCAAUUAGUCAACAGUCGCUGCAUCUCCAACAUCAACAACCAGUAGCAACAGUUCUGGUGAGUGAACCCGUCGUACACAUUCCGUCGUACAACAUCAGAGCAGAGCGAACCAUUUCGGAGAAAUCGAUUGCUGAAUCAACCCUAUCGACGGAUGCGGAACCGUUUGUGUACACCGGUCCAAGCAGCCUUACUAAUCAACCACCACAACAAUCGGCGAUGUUGGUUCGUAUGGAAGAAAUGACCCAUCCACCACCGCUGGCUGCCAUCGUCGUACCGGAAAUGGUGGUUCCCUUCGUACCAGCAGUAACCGGACCAGUUCCAAUAUCGACUGUACUAAUGGAACAACACCACCCGCAACAUGAGACUGUUAUUUCCACUCCGCUCAAACCGAUAGAGGUGGAAAAGGUGGUGGUUGUUUCUCAGAUGGAACCCACAAGGGCACCAUCGGUGGCCCAAGAUAGUAACAACAAAGCAGUAGACAUUUUGGCAGCAACGGUGGAGAAAAUUAGCUUAGAAGAUAAUAAUAACAGUAGCAGUGGAACCAGCUCGAACCAAACUGGUCACAAUAGUAGCAACAAGAAGAAGCAUAACAAGAAGCGGAGUGAGGAACUGCUGGGUGCUAGUGAGACUGGCAGCAGCAAAGCUCCUGCAACAGUAGCAGUGGUGGUAGAACCGGUGGUGCCGGCGAUCGAUGAAACUGAUCGAUCGAUUGUUUCGACGGCGGUGGAAACAUCCCAACAGCAUCAACAACCGCCGUCGUUAAUUAGUAAUUUAGUGGAACAUAAUACUAGUAAGUUAGAUAAUGAUAACAUAAUUAAUAAUAAUAAUGUGGAUUGCACCAGUACUACGAUUACAACAACUACCGAUAAUACGACAGACAGCAACAACGCAUCAUCGCCGAUGGAAAACGCUAAACAACAACAACAGAAAUCGCUCGAUUCCCGACAGCACACCCCCGCAAAGGCGGAUGAGGAGAAUAAUGUCCCUCAAAUGUUAACUCAACCGCCACCACCAAUUCAACAACAAGAGUUUGACGCCAAUAAAAAUGUCGUCAGCAGUGACGUGGAAAGUAUGAAACCCGUCGAAACAGUACUAGAACCGGCGACGACGGUGGAUAGUGAGCAGCAACAGCAGGCCCUAGUGGCACCGACAAACGAACCAACAGUUAAACCAAUUCUGCCGGUUAUCAAAAAAUCUCGCUCGAUCACCCGGAUCGAGUACGAUCCGGACCAGUGGAGUCCGGAAAAUCCAUCGGGAAAGAAGAAAUAUUCCCGCGAUCAGCUUAUGCAGCUUAAGCAUGCUGCUCCGGCAUUUGAAAAGCCGGUCACUCUUCCGAUUAACUUGGAGAAUCUUAUAACCAGAACAAACCACGGUGGCGGAGGUGGUGGUCACCCCAUGGGAGGUGGCAAUCAAUAUGGAAAGGCCAAUUUUACCGAAAUGUUGCUUCCGACUUUUAUCAAAAUGUGCGGCGGUGUUGGUGGUGGUGGAGGAGGUGGUGGCGGAAACAUGGGUCAAAUGCGGCAACCAUAUCCGGUGAAGCGUACCUCUCAACAGGGCAAUCAGGGCCCAUCCGGUUCACAGUCUAAUAAACAAUCGCAGCAGAGCAUGAGUAAAACCGGAUCGAAGAUCAUUCGCCUGCAGCUUGACGAAGAAGUUAAGCUAAACGAGUGUGCGAAUGCGUGGCGUCCAAGACACUUGCAGUCCACCGAAAAUCUGGACGAAGCUGAACGUGGCACACAGGAACUGUACAAAAAAUUCCGCUCGGUGCUGAACAAGCUAACGCCGGACAAUUUCGAUAAACUGGUGCAGCAGGUCAAAACGUACGUCAUCGAUACGGAGGAACGGUUAGCCGGUUGUAUCAAGCUCGUCUUUGAAAAGGCCAUUUCCGAGCCGAACUUCUCCGAGGCCUAUGCUAAGAUGUGUAAAGAAAUCGGCACGAUUGCCGUGCUGGCCGACAACGACAAAGAGACUAGUUUCCGGACGCGUUUGCUAUGGCAGUGUCAAUCGGAAUUCGAAGCACGACGGAAUGAUCAAACUAUGGCCAAAAAGGAGAACCGCCUGAAGCUGGAAACAAACAAGGGUCUCGCCAAAGAACAACUCGAGGAGCUGCGCGCACAGCUGGAAGAGGAUGAACAGAGGGUUCGAAGAAGAGCCGUCGGAACAGUCCGAUUCAUCGGUGAACUGUUCAAACACGGUCAGUUGGCGUCGAAAAUUAUGCACAGCUGCAUCAAGCUUCUGCUGAUGACCGAAGACAAAAACUACGACGAAGAAACGCUCGAGUGUGUCUGCAAACUGUUGACCACAAUCGGCUCGAAGAUGGAAGACGAACACAAACAGGAACUGGGCAAGUAUUUUGAGAAGAUGGGCGAAAUUGUCAAAUACAGAGAUCAGUACAACAUAAGCAGCCGAAUUCGGUUCAUGCUGCAGGACGUGAUCGAUUUGCGUCGAAACCGAUGGCAACCACGCCGAACGGACCUCAAUCCGAAAACAAUGAACCAAAUCCAGAAGGAAGCUGAAACCGAACAGCUUCAAAUGAACAUGAGCUUCAUGAACCGAAACAAAGAUAGUGGCUAUUCGAGUGAUAUGGGUCGAGGAAACCGGGGCAAUAUGCAAGGAGGGCAAGGCUCCAAGAUGGGUUCCGGAUUCAAUCAAGGUUCACUGGGACGUGGCGGAAAUCAGGGUUCCAUGAAGAGUGGGCGAAUGCAGACGGAUGAUGACGGUUUCCAGCAAAUCUCCAAUCGAAACAAUCGCUCACUGCCGAUUGAUCCGAAAAAGAUCAACAUUCCGAGCACUGUCGACAUGACGGCCAGACUCGGAGCGGCUACCAAUUAUCAGAACUGGAAGAACACUAGCAACAUGUAUGCAGCGCUAAACAGCGAAGAAAACCAGCAGGGAGGUGGUGUCAUGAUGGAUCGCGACAGUGAUCGUGAUCGAGAUCGAAGCGGAAGUAAUCGAGAUCGUGAUCGCGAUCGUAACCAGCGUGAUUGGGAACGUGACCGUGAUCGUGAGCGCAGUGUAGGUCACAACAAAAACUCCGGUGGUAAAGACUCGUAUCACCACAACAAAGGAUCGAUGGAACGAGACCGGUUCAAUCGGUACGGCGGCAGCAAUAGUCAGAACGAUGAUCGUAUGGGUCGUUCGUCCCGGGAAUCGUCGUCGGGUAGCAUGAGACCGAUGAGUGGUCAACAGCACAGCAACAGCCAAAUGCAUGAUCGAGACAGAGAUCGUGAUCGGGAUCGUAAUAUGGGCAAAAUGCCUCCUCCACAGCAACAGCAACCAUUGCCAGGUCGAUCCUCCCAGCAGCGACAUAUUCCAACACAAUCCAAUCAACAGCAGUCAUCAUCGCAAUCAGGUCAGCAGGGUCGGUCAAGUGGUUUACCGUCAGCCCUCUCAAAAUCUGGCUCCGGUCAGCUAUAUCUGGCACCACCCCAGCAACAGCUGCCAGCAUUCGCCAUUCCAAAGGACGCCACGGUGCGAAGAAACUUCCUCCCACCGGACAAGGAAACCGAAACGAUGCUGGCCAAGUUCUCCAAAACCAUCAACAUCGAAAUGGUUGACGAGGAUAUUGAAUUCAGUUUGGACCUGCUGCAGCAAAUCAAUCCCGAGUACUACCAUGCCGCCGUCAGCCAACUGUUCUCGGAUAACAUUGAUCGAGACAUCAAAUGGCGCUCGAUAGUCGUCCGGACAAUUAACCAGAUGUUCGAGGCUAAACUGAUCACCAAAGCGGACUAUCUGUACGCUCUGGAGGAGCUAUUCAAGAUCGCAGAAGAUUUAAUCAUUGAUCUACCUCAGCUGUACAAGUACAUGGCCACGUUCUACGUGCCGUUGCUUCACAAUCGCCACAUUACCCUGUCAGAUAUCCGAUCGGUUGCGCAGGUAAUUGUGGACAUCCACGGUGCUGUCAUGCUGAAGGAACUGCUGCUCCAGUAUGAAGACAUGUUCGGUAAGGAUGCCACCGUGUUGCUGUGGUACGAAUCAUCCCUCGAUUUUAGCGAUUUCAUAAAACUGACACCGGCAGAUCGGGAGAAAUAUCUGCACGAUGCCAAACUCGGUUAUCUGCUAGAUUCCGGCAGCAAAGCACUGGACAUGCAAACGGUCGGUGCACAAAUCAAACAAUUCCUCCGCAGCAAUGCCAAGUUUAAGGAAAUCUUCGACUGGAUUACAAGUUAUGUCGGUCCGGAGCGGGUAACAUCCAACGAGUUCAUCCGCACCAUUACAAAGGCGGUAAUCGAGCACUGUAUCGACAACCGAACGAAACUGAAUCUGAGCGAAAUCCAGAAGUGGUACCAGAUUCUGCAAAAGUACAUCGACAGCAAGGCGGAUCGGGAACUGCAAGCUAUGUACGCCAUCCAGCGGCUGGUUGUGGAAUUGGAACAUCCGCAGAACCUGCUGCACACGAUACUGGAGCAGCUGUACGACUUUGAUGUGAUAAUGGAUGGCUUCGGCCUCUGGAAGGACUCGUCGGAUCCGCUCGAAGCGGAAGGCAAGGGGGUAUGUCUCAAGGGAAUUACGCAGUUCAUGACCAUGUACAUGGAGAAUCUGAGCGAUGAUGAAAACUGAUGCUGAUUUUUUUUUAAAAGCGAGGGGGAAAACGUGCGUAAAUAUUUGACUAUAUUGGAAACAUUAUAAUAAUGAUUAUACUACUAAUAAAUAAUUGAUAAAAAUAUAAUGAAUAAAUCUAACGUUAAGAUCAA